AUGGUGACGUACGAGGAGCUCAAAAAGGUUUUGAACCACCAAACAAAGGUGGUGAGCAAGCCUCUGGUCUUUGACAAGGACGUGAAACGGUUUGUGCAGCAAGUAGAAAGCGAAGCGGUCUCAGAAACACAGAUUGUGCGGAUCAUAAAUUCAACAAACAGAUAUCUAAGCAAGCGAUAUGGACAGUUCUUUCAUCGCCAAAGUAUAGUGCAGAUUAUUCAGCAAGUCCUGAACAACGAGCACGCGCUCGAUCUGCAGCGCAAGGGCAAGCUACUUGCACUGAACGAGAUUUUGAUGAAUUUCGGAUCAGACACCGUGGUGGACGUCAACGGAAACUACGAAGACGAACGCGGGUCCAAUAACAUUGAUAUGAACGGGAUCAUGAGAAUCAAACAGGAGGAGAUCCUAGGCAUGAUCGACGAGCUACCAGACCCAGACAAGCUCACUGCCAAAAAUGACGGACUUCUAGAGCGCUACGAUGAGCUUCGGUCAAAGCUGGCAGAUAAUCGAGCCAGAUUGCUCGAGCUGCAGGAUAAAAAAAAGUACUACGAGAAAACAAGAAAGCUGCUCAGUGAAAUGACGGACACGACGCAGGAUCCUGAUUCCACCUUACAGAAGAACCUCGUGCUCAACACCAAUGACCAGCUGGUCAAUGAGGUCUCGCAAACACGAAUUCAGCUGGCAAUGAUGAGUGAAAAAUUGCAGGACCCAGAAUUCGCGGCCCAGCUAAAAAAGAAGCUCAAACUAGACCUGGAUUGA